AUUCGCUCACUGAGGGGGCCGCUGGUGUCUUGUUGGAAGGUGGCCCUCGGGACAUCCGGACGGUAGAGUUGUAGCGACGGCCAGCCCUCCCCCCUGUCCUCCUGGCUGCAGUGUUCUUGCGCCCUCCUAACGCCGUUUCCCCAGGGAGCGGGGAGACAUGAGCAGCAACCGGCGAGACGACAAUGAUCAGUUCAACGAACAGUUGCGGCUCCAGCAACUCUACGAGGAGCGCACCAGGAUGCCCGAGGGCAAUGAUCCCUACACUUAUGUGGACCAAGCCAGUGGCACUGCUUACGAAUGGGACCUGGACAAGAAGGCUUGGUUUCCCAAGAUAACUCAAGAUUUCGUUGCUACAUUUCAAGCCAAUUAUGAGUUCCCUGCGGAUAGUACUUCUUCUUCUCAUACAAAAAAAGAGAAUAAGGCUGAUGUCAGUGUAAAAGCUGAAGGGAGACCUGCUUAUAAAAAAGCCACACAAAAUAUUGGAAAAAAGCAGAAAGGAGAAAAAAGAAAGCCUGAACCAGGAUGGUUUCAAGUUCAAGAGAAAAGAAAUACAAAUGUUUAUGUUACUGGCUUACCUCCAGACAUUACAAAGGAUGAAUUUGUACAGCUUAUGUCCAAAUGUGGCAUUAUCAUGAAAGAUCCCGGAACGGAAGAAUAUAAAAUCAAGCUUUAUAAAGAUAAACAAGGAAAUCUCAAAGGAGAUGGGCUUUGCUGUUAUUUGAAGAGAGAAUCUGUCGGUUUAGCAUUAAAGCUUCUAGAUGAUGAUGAAAUCAGAGGCUACAGACUGCAUGUCGAAAAGGCAAAGUUUCAGCUCAAGGGUGAAUAUGAUGCCAGUAAAAAGAAGAAGAGAUGCAAAGACUACAAGAAAAAGAUAUCUCUGCAACAAAAACGGCUGGACUGGCGGCCUGAGAAGAACACUGGCACAGCUCAAAUGCAACGUGAGCAGGUUGUUAUUAUCAAGAACAUGUUCCAUCCUAAGGAUUUUGAGGAGGAUCCAUUAGUGCUAAAUGAGAUCAGGGAAGACCUCCAAACAGAAUGUGAGAAGUUUGGACAAGUAAAGAAAGCUCUUCUCUUUGAUAGACACCCAGAUGGCGUGGCCUCUGUGUCAUAUAAAGAGCCAGAGGAAGCCAAUCUCUGUAUACAAGCCCUCAACGGGAGGUGGUUUGGUGGCCGUCAGUUAAAUGUGGAAGUGUGGGAUGGUGUGACAGAUUAUCAGGUGGAGGAGACAUCAAGAGAGAGAGAAGAAAGACCGAAAGGCUGGGAGUCUUUUUUAGAUCAUCCUAACAUCGGGAAAGGAACUCAUUCAUCACAUCCCCAUUCUGCCUCUGGAAGUGUGGCCGUAGCAGCAGGGAAAGAGUCCUCAGACAAUAGCACACCAAAAGGGCAAACAGAAGAGGAAAAGUAAUAUACGCCAGCAAAGGAAAUUUCAGCCUACUGAUCAUCGAGGCAUCAGUCAUCGGAGCUGAAAGGGACCAACUUCAGACUGACUCCAACCCCUAUGCUUUUGCUGAGGAUCCGUUCUUUCUGUCAAAAUUAAUCCCAGUGUUUGGGUUUGGUUGUAGGUUAAUAUGAACGUUUUCAUUUGUUUCUUAAAAUGAAAACAUGUUACUAAAGCAAAGCUUUAUAAAAACAUUGUGUUCAAGAAACAUUAUCAUUUUUGUAUGUAGGAAAUGCACCUCUAAAACAGGAAGAAGAACUCAAUACUUGAAAGUUGAUUUAAAGCUGGUUCCAUUUUCUUUCUUUGUCUCCCCAGUGCCCAUCAUUCUAGGCCCUUGCGUGUGGGUGCCAUUGGGGACCAGUUUGGUGUGCGGCUGCACUGAAUUGUCCUGGCAUUUGGUUUUCACAGUAGUUCUGUGGAGAGGGUGACAAUGACUGUUAUUUUCCUUUCAAAUCAAAAACUUAUUUCAAGUGUAAAUAAAGUUAAUAUGUAAAUGAA